GUAAAGUGUUUGUUUGGAACACUUGAGGAAUAACAAUAGAUGGUUAAAGUGUAGUUUUUUAAGCUAACACUGUGGAUUUGAGGCUGUUUAAAUCACAUCACUCCCCUCAUCAACAUUCAUUCAUUCAGCACACGCGCGCGCGAGGAUGGCGAAUUACCGAACCUUUCAUUCCCAGCUCGCGACCAUCAUGGAAACGUUAACCCGGGCAGCAGUGGCGGAGAUCUGCGAGCUCGUGGACGACGGUUAUGCUGUUUUAAACAUGGAGAUUUCACGCCAUCAGAAGGAGAAAGAAGAACUGAGACGGAAACUUCAGCUGAUCGAGUCUAUAGUGGCAGCGCGCGGGUACUGCGAGGAGACCGGAGCUGAGCGCGAGGCGGCAUCGAGCCGAAAAAGCGCUGUUAACCCGGAGUGCACGAGCCGGCGCGCGCCUGAGACAUGUGAUUCAAAAGAGAAGACCCUUGUCUUAGUGCAAGUUAAAGACGAAGGUCAACAGCCACAAGCGGGCAUUAACUCUGAAGAUGUAGCAGGUGCUAUGGCACAGAAUUCUCCUGAUGAGGAUGUGAUCGAGCUCCUGUCAGAGGGUGACCCACCAGACGAUGACCUCCACACACAUGGACUCAGUGACACAGACUCCUCGAACCCUGCCACACAUACACUCGCAGACACGCACUCGCAUACCGAGGAGUCACAGCAAUCCAGUAUAGACCUAACUGCCUCAGAUGAACCCCUCUGUUCCGCCAACACACGUAAAGAUGUGCACACACACGCCGACGACGUCUCUCAGCCGUUUCCAGACAAAAUGUGUGUGAAGAGAGAGUCUUUGGUGUUCGAUUCGGAUUUGGACUGGAACACGACGUCUUACUCUAACACCUCCAGUGGAAACGGCAUGAACACUCUCGCUACCCACAAUUCCCCCCUGUAUUCCAUGCAGCACUUGGUCGCCCUGGGGAACGUUGCAGGGCCGGGGAUGUACGCCGAGCGGGGCUCUUUGCGAGGUGGUGGAGUCGGAAAAAGGCAUUUUAUCUGUUCUAUCUGCGGCAAGAGCUUCACCACAGCACAGAGCCUAGACACACAUACGCGCAUCCACACUGGCGAGCGUCCGUACAGCUGCGAACAGUGUGGCAAGCGUUUCACCCAGUCCGGCCACCUAACAGCCCAUCAGACUGUUCACACUGGAGAAAGACCGUACGAGUGCCCACGCUGCAGCAAACGCUUCGCUGGAAAACAGUAUAUGAGGAUACACAUCAAGAAGCAUCAUCCGGAGUAACACAGGACUAUGAUUGAGAACUCAGGAAACACAUAUUAAUGUGCAUUUGUAUUAAUCAUGAGACACUACACUAGAAGUAUCGGAACACUUAACCAUGAGCGGUAAAGUAGUUAUUGCAGCAGGAACAGCCGAUGUGAUUUUACAGUGUGUCUGUGGGAAUUUGUUAAAAUUCAAAUAAGCAUUUAUGACCUAAGUUAACGUCCGGCUCACAAUUGACGUUCCACUUCAUCCCUAAGAUAUACAGUAAAAUAAAGGCCAGGAUUCUUGAAUUUGUAUUUUUUUGAACCUCUGGAACAGGAAAAUGCCUUCCCCAAACUGUUGUCAAUAAGUGGAAAGCAUAUCUUACAUUUUUAUACACCAGUUAGCAAUGGGUGUGGCAGAAACACCUGAACUCAAGAGUUAGUCCUUAUACUUUUGGCAGUACCUUCUUACAUUUGAAACAUGUGAAACACACAUGGAUCUGAAAAUGAUUCAGAUUUUAAACACAGUUAUCAGCACAAACAAAACUAAGCCCUUGGCCUUAGCCUAGCUUUAAAAAAAAAAAGCAGGGAUAUGCAGAAAAUGAGGUGUACUGUACGGGUGUAUAAAUGACAAAUAAAGGCAUUUAAUCUGCCCUAGAUUAUUAUUA